AUGAAUAACAGUUUCGUAGCCAGCAGCAGAUCAUCAGCUUUCUCAUCCACUUCUUCUUCGGAUGUCUCGUCGAUCACAACCGACUCACAGCCGCCUUCAGCACUCAUGGGCAUACCAUUUCUUUACGGUGGCUUUCUAACAUCAUCAAUGCAAACAGGUCUGUGUCCUCGAACGCCAAGCAAUUCACUGCCUCCAUCAACAGUAGAACGCCCACAGCAACGAUCCUCGUUCGAUGAAUCCUUAGCAGAGAAUGGAGGACCCUCCAUAUCCAACGACCUCGUAUCGUCAUCUCCACCACCCGCACUACAAAAUUUAACGUCAUGCUGCUUGCAAGACGAAAUUUGGAUGCCCAACAAAUAUGCUCCGAAAGAGCAUGUACGGUUAGCUCCAGAAUUAUUUGAUGACUUCGGUAGUUGUUGUUGUUUUUUGUUGCGAGAGUGUGGUGAUGCUGCACUUGGUGCACGUAUCAGACAUCAUGCCCGUUGUGUGCCCGCAAACGUCGUCGCAUACAAACAAUAG